AUGGAAAACGCUUCGACGGAAUGGUCGAAAGUCUUGCAAGCAGCUAACAGCGGAGACGGUUUCGCAGUAGAUCACUUGGUGGAAGGUAAGCUGAAGGGAAUACUCCCUGCGUUCGUAGAGGAGGCUUUCGAAGAACAGUGUUUUCUCUUCUGGAGUAGGGACGGGGAGUACACCGAGGAGAUCAGGGCGGCGUGCACCGCACAUGACCCUCUGGAACCAGCGGUACAGAGAGACGUCGACGUCGUGGUCCUUGAUGUGCGCUUCAUAGACCCCUCCUCCGCUCACAGAUUCUUGGGGAUAGGGAUGGAAGGAGAGUUUGCGGUGAGCGUUACUUAUCACGCGAAGAGCGCAAAGUCCAUACGAGUCCUCAUAUGGGAGGAGGACAGCAGGGAGGACGGCGAGCUGUACGUCAGGGUACGGGGUUGGGAGGCGAGCGGUUUCAAGCUCGUCAGAGAGUGGACGCCCAGGACCAGAGUCUCGUCGGCCCGAACGAGGAUCUCGUUCGGCAAGCCGGAGAGCGAGAGGCCGAGCAUCCUCUUCAAGGGGAGGUCCGUAUGUUACACGAUCAAGACCUCGGAGCAGAUCCCGCAGAACAAGUCUGCCACCGGCGUCAAGAGGGGAAACGUGAACCUCACGUUAAGGGUCGGCCUGAGAGAGCCCGUCGUGGGCUCAGAAGACGACCUGGUCGUCAUGCGGGUGCAAGCGGAAUGUAUAGUCGUACCAGAGGUCGGAAAGGGGGUCAAGAGCGUACGCGUUCGUUCCGUUUGUAAGAUCGGGGGCUCGCAAGGAUCAUGCAGUCUCGUGGACGGCAACUCCGGUCACCAAGAAGAAGGUGCUACUGACUAUUGCAAUUGGAAGUACGGGGGAGACGUCUUCGACUGCGGCCGUACUCAUCUGAUAGACAGCGCGCGCCAGACGCAUUCGCUGCUCAGACCGGACACCCUAUGGAUGCUAUCCAGCAAGGGGCUUCAGGCCGUGACGGUCGCGACGGAGCACGAGAUGGGCGAGAGCGAGGGCAAGGUCGGAAUAAAGGCCAGGCUCUCGCGCCUCUUCUCCGACGAGAGCGGCAACAAGCUGGUGACCUGUAGCAGACACCUCAGGAUCUCGGUGAGAAGCUGA